UUAAGGGAAAGCGAGACGGCGUCCAGAAGGAGCCUCUCCGAAAGAUUCAACCAGCCUCUCUUCCCUCAGAUUUCCGCCGGAGCUCCAAAUCGGAAUUCCACCGGGAAAAGGUGCGACGAAGCGGAGCGUAAAAGAAGGAUAAAUGCGGAUUGAAUCAAGCCAGUUUUGCUUCGAUUGUCUCGAGCAACGGAUCAAGUCAGAUUUCUCCGACCAGGUCUUCUUCUCUUUUGGCCUGUCCGAUUCGCCGCUUCCCUUCGCCUCCGCUGCCAUCGUUGAGGUUUCUGACUCUAGCGGUGAAGCAUCUGCUUCUUCUAGUGAAUCUGCGUGUCCCCAUUUCCUUUUGGAGUAUCUGCAGAGGGAAGAACAUGGUUGUUUAUCCAAAUAUGUCGGCGGAAGCUGUAAUAGAGAUCAGGAAGAUUGUAAUGCAGAUGUAAAUUGUGAUGGUGGGGAGCAUUUGAGUUGCUCACCCAAUGGUUCUCAGCCUUUCGAAGAAAUUGCAGAUGACAUUUCUCGUCGAAGUUCUACUUGUGAGUGCUCUGAUAGUGUUUCCUGUCAGGAAAAGAUUGGUGUGAUUGCACCAAUUGCUAAAAUUGGCAAAUGUUCUGCUUCUGGUCUUCAAGAGCUUGCUUCUGGUUUCCUUUCUGGGUGUGUGGAAGAUCAAGUAUUAAGUUCUCUGAAUCUUAUUAUCGACGGAAAGGCUUCUGAGCAAGAAAGCACUGCUUUCCUUCGUCUUCUCGGGUUACCAUUGUUCGUGGAGAAAAGUGACCCUCUAUGCCUGAGGCAUCCGAAUGUGUCACCUAUCCUGGGAUUAUUGACAUCAUCGGAUUGUGUUGUCUCGGUGCUUCCCAAAGCCCCAUAUUCCUUGGAAAAUAUUCUCUACUUUAGCCCCGAUGCUAUAAAGUCCGAAUGGCAUAUAAAAUUUCUGGUAUAUCAGCUUUUGUCUGCACUAGCUUACUUGCAUGGCUUCCAGAUUUCCCAUGGGGAUGUUCGUCCUUCCAGAAUAAUGCUGACUGAUUCACUGUGGAUUUGGCUAAAGAUCUAUGACAAGCCUCAUUUUAGUUCUGAAGAUUCCAAUUUUUCUGCUUCAAGGAGAAUUCUAUGUAGUGAUGGUUGUUACGCGCAUGACCUUUAUGCUGAUCGUAAGCUAUCUUCAGAUUUGGACUGGCAGACUCACUUUGAUAAAUGGUGGAGGGGAGAACUAAGUAAUUUUGAGUAUCUACUCUUCUUAAACAAGCUGGCUGGGCGAAGGUGGGGUGACCACACAUUUCAUCCAGUAAUGCCAUGGGUCAUAGAUUUCAGCAAAAAGCCUGAUAAUGAUAGGGACUCAGGCUGGCGGAAUUUAAGGAAGAGUAAAUGGCGAUUGGCAAAAGGAGACGAGCAGUUAGAUUUCACAUAUUCAACGUUCGAGAUUCCUCAUCAUGUAUCUGAUGAAUGCCUGUCUGAACUGGCUGUUUGCAGCUACAAAGCAAGGAGGCUGCCACUGACUGUUCUGCGAGCGGCAGUUCGUUCAGUGUAUGAACCUAAUGAGUAUCCUUCUGACAUGCAAAGGCUUUAUGAGUGGACCCCUGAUGAGUGCAUUCCUGAGUUUUAUUGUGAUCCUCGCAUUUUUUAUUCACUUCACCCAAGUAUGGCUGAUUUGGGUGUACCCCCUUGGGUGAGCAGUCCUGAGGAGUUCAUUAGAUUGCAUCGAGAUGCUCUAGAGAGCCCCCGUGUUUCAUCUCGACUUCACCACUGGAUUGAUAUUACUUUUGGUUACGAAAUGUCAGGACAGGCGGCUAUUACUGCUAAGAAUGUUAUGAUGUCUUCGUCUGAGCCCACAAAGCCAAGGUCCAUUGGUCGCCGCCAGUUAUUUGUCCAACCUCAUCCCAUCCGUCGAGGUUUUUCCUUUAAGCAGGAAAACAGCAGAAAUGAGGUAGAAAUGCAUACAUUUCAAGGCAGUGGAUUGGACUACGAAAGAACCAUCAUCCUUGAAGCUGGUGAGUAUUUGGAAGAAUCUGAAGAGGCUUACACAUUUUCUGAACAUGCAUUGGAUUUAAGUCCCAGGUAUGACCUCCUUCAUCAGGAGUCUCUGGUGUAUGAGUCACCGAGCAUGAAAUCUAACAAAGACUUGACUGAUCUCCCCGGUACUUCAGAAAACAAUGUUUUACCAACUGAUAUCAAUCUGGAUUAUCUUCUAGAGAAAAUAGAGGUGAAAGAUGAAGAUCGUGUGGAAUUGCAGGAGUUGUUACUAUGGCGGCAAGAGUACAACUCAGUAAAUUUUUCCGAGGAUAUUGCAAAAGAUAUUUUCUCUGUUGGCUGCAUCUUGGCUGAACUUUAUUUGAGGAAACCGCUUUUUAACUCAGUCUCAUUGGCUAGCUAUCUAGAAAACGGUGUCUUACCUGAAUUGAUCCAGAAACUUCCUCCUCCUAUAAAGGUAUUUGUUGAAGCAUGCAUUGAACAAGAUUGGAGAAGGAGGCCUUCAGCGAAGACUCUUUUGGACUCUCCGUAUUUCUCAGCAACAGUGAAGUCAGUUUACCUAUUUACUGCGCCACUUAACCUCUUGGCCAAGCAUAGAACACGUCUGUAUUAUGCUGCUAGUUUUUCCAAACAUGGAGCCUUGAAGGCAAUGGGAACAUUUGCGGCUGAGAUAUGUACUGAUUACUGUUUGCCACUGGUCACAGCACCUCUAUCCGACAAGGAGUGUGAAUGGGCUUAUGUACUUCUCAAGGAACUUAUAAGAUAUUUAACACCAAAAGCAGUGGAGGCACAAGUCUUGCCGUCUAUCCAGAAGAUUUUACUGACUGCAGGUUACUCGCAUCUAAAAGUUUCUCUUCUUCAAGAUUCAUUUGUGAGGGAACUAUGGGACCGGAUAGGAAAGAAAGUAUAUCUCGAAGUGAUCCAUCCUUUGGUCAUAUCAAAUUUGUAUAAUCCUCCAGAGAAGAUCUCUGCUUCUGCUGCGUCUGUGCUGCUGAUUGUUUCCAGCGAAGAGCUUGGCGUCCCUGUUACAGUCCAUCAGACUAUACUGCCUCUAAUUAAUUACUUUGGAAAAGGGAUCUGCCCUGAUGGGAUUGAUGUGCUGGUUAGAAUUGGUCGACUUUUGGGGGAGAAGUUCAUUGUCAAUCAGAUGCUGCCAUUGCUUGAACAUGUUGCUCGCUUCUCUAUCGAUGUUUCUUCUAUGAAAAAACCAGAGCCUGUUCAUAGCUGGUGUUCUUUGGCACUGACCGAUUGCCUAACAACGCUAAACGGUCUACUUGUGCUUGUAUCUGACGAGUUGCUCAUUCAGGAACUGACCAAAGAUCGAUUGUGCCUGCAUGUGAGGAUUCUAAUGCAGAAAAAUCUAGAGUUACGGGUCCUUCAGCUUGCUGCAACUUCACUAAUGUCAAUUUGUGAGCGGAUAGGACAAGAGUUGACCGCAUUGCAUGUGCUGCCGCAGUUGAAGGAGCUUUUUGAUGAGUUUGCUUUCUCUAAGCAAACCACAGAUGAUUCUGGUUCAUUGAAGUGGAAAAUGAGGGCUAAUGAAUCUAAUACCCACGAAGAAUCUCCUAUCAAAAGCCGUAUGGAUCUUGCGUUGCUUCUCUAUCCUUCUUUUGCCUCUCUUCUUGGUAUGGAGAAGCUACGUCAGGGUUGUCCAACUUGGUUACUCCUUGAGCAAUAUCUGCUAAGGCAUCACAACUGGAAGUGGGAAUACACAGGAGGAUCUUCUCGAUAUGGUUUGGAGAAUUCUAGUGCCAGACAUGCGUUGAGCAAAGGCUCCACAUCUAAGCACACUCCUAAAGUGCUUCUGAAUGGGGUUGGAUGGUCAGUUCCACAAUCUCAGGGGGUACGAUGUUCCAAAAACUUGAAAUCUCAAACACAUCUCCCGGUUGAUGGACAAGAACCAGUUCUGAACCAUUUGGCACGUGAACCGUGGUCCUGGUUUCCUAGUCCAGUUGCUUGUUGGGAUGGACCUGACUUGAUAGGUCGCUUUGGGAGCCCUAAAGAUGAGCAUAGAUGGAAAAUUAGAAUGUCCGUUGUAUCAUCUGUUCGUGCCCAUCGUGGAGCUAUAAGAUCUUUAGCGGUUUGUGAAGAUGAGUGUACAGUUUUCACUGCGGGUAUUGACCCAGGGUUCAAAGGAAGUGUUCAGAAGUGGGAACUAGCAAGCUUAAGUCGCAUAUCUGCGUAUUAUGCCCAUGAAGAGGUUGUUAAUGACAUCAGCAUUAUGUCAUCCUCCGGAAAGAUAGCAUCUUGCGAUGGAACUAUACAUGUGUGGAAUAGCCAAACAGGAAAACAGAUAUCCUUAUUCUCCGAGUCACCUUCGGAUCAUGAUCAACUUUCCUCCUCUUCUUCUUCAAGAACUAACUAUGAUCAGGGUAACAGACACACUUCUCAUUCACUGUCAAGUGGAAUCUUUGAUGGGAACAUGUACACUUGUAUGCACUAUUUAAAAUACGCGGAUCAGCUCGUUGUUGGAACUGGGAAUGGUGCCCUCAGAUUCAUUGAUGUAGUCCGAGGCCAGAAGCUUCAGAUUUGGAGGGGUGAAACUGUUGAGCCCGGGUUUCCAUCUCUUGUAUCUGCGUUAUGUUCAGGAGGGUCGGAUACUAGCCGAGGAGACGGGGCUUCAGGAUCACUGUCUUGGAUUGCAGCUGGCUUGAGUUUUGGCCAGUGUAGGCUAUAUGAUGUGAGGAGCGGGCAUGUUAUUUCUUCAUGGAGAGCUCACGAUGGAUACGUGACAAAGCUGGCUGCACCCGAGAGCCAUCUUCUCGUUUCCAGUUCUCAUGACAAGACUUUACGGGUCUGGGAUUUGAGGAGGAGCUGGACACCGGAGCCUAUUGUGUUCAGAGGCCACAAAGACGGAGUGUCUGGUUUCUCGGUCUGGGGCCAAGAUGUUAUCUCCAUCUCCAGAAGCAAUAUCGGGAUUUUCUCGCUAUCAAAGCCUCCUGACGAGGACGGGCAGUAUCGGAUAGAGCCUCGGAAGCUGAGCAUUGGGGAGACCGGAGGACGGAACAAAUCGGUGUUAUCAACGGUUAAUGUUUUACCCUUCUCGAGACUGUUCAUCGUUGGAACAGAGGAUGGCUACUUGAGAAUAUGUUGUUAACAAUGAACUCAGUUUAUUUAGUGAUGAAAGUUAUACAAAAGAGAGAGAGAGAGAGAGAAUGAUGUUUUGUAAAUUGCAAAUGAAAAACAUUUCUUUGUAACUAAUUUUGUUCAUAUUUUUAAGGUUUUUGGAAGAACAA